UCAGAGCCUGAGCCAGUAAAAUAUCAAAAAAAGAAACAAUUCAUUUCGCGUUUCUGAACUCAACAUUUAUUGCCUUACUUUCCGAAAAGAGAAAACGAGAAAAUUUUUAGUUAUAAUCCGCUCAAAAUAAUAAUCCUUCCUAAAUUUAAUAACGCAGUAAAUUAAAAAUCAGAUGGAUAGGAUUGUAAAGCGUUAAGUAAACAGUGCGCAAGUGUAGUGAAGGAGGUGUAAAACUGUCAGAAACUUGUUUCAUAAAAUGACGUGAAAAUACAAUUUCUAAGACAUUGAUGUGCGAAAUGUGUUUGUUAUGAAAACGAUCAUGAUGCAAUCAACGUCAGAGGGAUGUAUGAACAUCGCUGAACUAGCGAACCAGUUGAGGCGAGAGAAGAUUUUUAUCAACUCUGAGAGGCAGCUGUUGCAGAAACUCAAUGAGGAAGUGGAGAAGCGGGCGCUGGAGCUGCUGCAGGUGGCCUGGGUGUGCUCUCAGCAGCGCCAAAACCUCACCAACUUGAUAACGUCGAGAUGUGAGGCAGAUUCCAUUGCAUCCUGCCAGAGAGCAAGCAUCCUAGAAAGAGCUACAUUUGUUGAUGCCUACAAAGUUUUGAAGUAUAAGGAGGCGGCAGCGCUUGGCGAGCUGCUAGGAUGGCUCCGCGAGUCUCCGCACCUGGUCUCCCUGUGCCUGCUGCUGGGCGAGGAGCACCUGCCGCCCAGCCUGCCGGCCGCGCUGGUCUCCGGCCUAUACGGCAGCUGCCGCUCCACCGCCGACCGGACCCGCUUCUUGGCCGUCGUCCGCUCCAUUAUCAAGCACCAGAUGGCUAACUCCAGUGAUCCUAGGAAGUUAUUCCGUGCCGGGAAAUGCGCUCUGUCAUCACUGUACGCGGUGUUCCGGGACGGACACACGCCGGCGCGCCAGUUCCUCAUCGCGGCGCUCCAGAACCCCGUCAUGGCGGUGCUGCACGAGGACGAGUUCUUCCUAGACAUCGAUCCUGAUAAAGCUAUGGAGAGAUUCUCUUCAGCGGAUCGCAUAAAGAAAUUCGGCCAGCCGAACAGCCAGGAGUACGCGACCAAGGUAGCCCGCUACCGCAAGUGGACGAUACAGUCGCUGUACAACCUCACCAGCAAGUUCAUCGCCUCGCUCAGGGAGCACUGGCCGAACUUCCCGGCUACUAUUGCCUGGAUUGUACAGCAAAUCGUCCAUCUACUUAAACAACAUUCCAGAACCUCAGAACGCGAGCUCCACGCAAUAUGUACGGACCUAGUGCUGAACCACUUCAUAUGCCCGGCGAUCGUGAACCCCGAGGCGCACGGCGUCGUCGAGGUGCCGGUCUCGUACAUCGCGCGCUUCAACCUCAUACAGAUCGCGCAGAUCAUACAGAUGCUAUGCCUCGCCAAGUUCCAAGAGGUGGAAGCGAAGGUCCGCGACGUGUACGUGAAGUUCGAGCGGUCGUGCGUGUGGUCGCUGAUGGAGAGCGUGACGAGCGAGGCGUGGGCGCCGGCGCCCGCGCCGCCCGCGCCGCACGCGCACGCCGCCGCGCCGCGCAUCCCCUCCGACGCGCAGCUGCACACCACCGUCGCGCUCUUCACGCCGCAAGACGCGCAUACACUAAUAAUGUUCCUAAAGCGGAUAUCGUCAAAGCUAAACAAUAACACGCCCAGUGUGACCGCCGACGAUCAGUCGGCUAGCGGAGCUAUCGCCGAAGCUGGCGCAUUCAGUGAGUCAAGCAGUGAAGGUUCGAGCACGGGCGAGGCGUGCGCCAACAGACUGGCGUCGCUGCUGCAGAACACCGAGCCCAACUACCGCAGCCGCCUGCAUGACCUGCUCAGGAAGAUGCCCGACCUCACCAAAUACAGACAAUCAUCCCCAACGGAGUCCAAAGACCUGUCCCCAGUGGAGAACGGCCACUCUAACAAGAAGAGUAUCUUAGCUAAAGUCCCGAAGCCUCGCCUCCCCCGCAGCGCCAGCUCCAACUCCUCGUUAGCAGCAGCUUUGGAAGACAAGACAUUAUACGGGAGCAACGGCAAGGAAGAGAGUACCCUGGAACAUAUGGAGGUGCUCGUCAUCAAGCUGGCUAAUGUCGAGGAGCACGACUAUGUUGGUUUAGUACCAGAGUCGAAAGUUCUGGAAUGUUAUUACGGCGGUUCAGAAGCUUGUGAUGCUGACGACACUGGGUCCGCACUCGCCGUGGCGGGGCCCGGCGCGCCCGUACAAAAGCGGACGAGGUUUUCGGUGUCCCACGAUGAAGUAUCUCUGGGUAAUACGUCAGAUAAUCUUGAGGCGGUGUCCGAGGCAGCGUCCAACCAUAGCGUCACAUCCAGUUUGGAGUUGGAAACUGAAGAUCAGAAUGAUAAUUUGUCGGAUAUGGUGUCGGCCAACGUGUCGGGUCGCGGCAGCCCCAACAUCUCGGGGCGCGAGACGCCGUCCUCGCAGGUGACGGAGGGCGAGGCGCCCGACAGCCGGCGCGCGCCCCACGCGCCCGCGCUCAGCAGCCAAGCCGCCAAGCAUCACAAGCUGCUCAAGCAGACACGGAACGAUAUCGAGGACAAGUUCUGCAAGUUUGAGAUCAAGAAGCUGCUGGAAGGCGACGAGACCAUCAGCAUCAUGUCGGACACGUGGAGCACCGACGUGCUGGCCUCCGACUCGGAGACCAUCGGGGACUCGUGCGACCAGACGCAGGUCGCCGCCAGCCAGAGUACAAGUGCGAACAACACGAACGCUCCGGACGUGUCGGAGACGGCGAGCGAGUCCGCCUGGAGCAUGGACGUGCUCGCGUCCGACAGCGACCGCAACACUGAGGUGGACACAGAUGAUUGCGUGUCGGUAGCAGCUCGCUCGGACACGUCAUGGCCACGCCGGCCCUCGCAGCAAGACGACAACAUGCCCUUCAGGAACAACAACCAUCAGAACGGCAAUGUGAAACGAGGCGACGUCGGCAGUCCUCGACACACGUCACGACCAAACUUGCCUAACAGAUCGGGUUGCGGCUACCUGUCUGCCACAGCGGCGUUGUCCCGCGGCGGCGAGUUAGACUUGCCUCACGGACCCACUCACCCACAGUACCCGAUAGAAAACAGGAAGAGCAUCCUUGUCAAUGGAUACCCAGUGAUGACGUGUUACGCUACGUCAGCGCCCGAGAGCCCGAGCACGUCCACUCCGGCGCCGCUGCCCAACGACGUGUUUGAUUACGUACCGCAGAACAAUGGCGCCCAAACAGAGUCUACACUAGAUGCGAACAGCCAGUCCGACGCGACCAGCCAGUGGGUAGACGACAGCUUCCCCGCUCCGCACCACUCACCCGACAGACCCUACCCGUCGACCUCCAAAUACGGACAACCAUCCACUUCCAAACCUUACGACGACAACGAUCUCGACCGAUCCCUCAACUCCAGCGAGAGCUCCUUCAACGCGAUGUACGGCGGACGAUUCGAUUCAGGAAUCGAUACGGAACGCGCCGAAUCGGAAUCAAGAUCAACAAUCACCGAUCUGAUGACUCGAAUGAGUUCCGCUACAAUCUCUACAUCUGCCAACCUUGUGAAUAAUAUCACUUCCCGUAUCGUUAAAUCUGAGAUUCGGACGAGUAUCGUCAGCAUCAGCUCGUCCAAAAUCGAGAAGAAACGAGACGGCACUAGUAAUAUCUCUUUGAGUACGUUGUCGGUGAAUAGCGCAGAGACUUCAGUGUCCGACAAGAGUUCGAGUCAGGACGUGAACUCGGAGAACGUGACGGAGCGGCGCGUGAGCCCGCCGCCCGUCAAGAACGUGUCCACCGGCGCCAUACCCAAGAGCAUCAGCUUCGAUGCCACCGCGGAGAAGAGCCAGAGAAGACGCUUGGGUGAAGACGGUCUGGUCGGGAAUCUGGAUGAACUGAAGAACAAUGUGAAGCGCUCCGGCGGUAAUCUGUUGCACAAGAUCAAGAUGUUCCGGCAAAAGGGACGCUCGCAUACACACCAAAGUGACGUGAAGCUACCCGAGGAAGAGAUCCGCAGUGAAGAGGCAGUUCGCGUGGAGGCCGGCGGCGAGACGUCCGAGGAGAUCCUGGCCAAGUACCGGCGCAAGUGCUCGGGGGACGCCGCCCGCCCGCGACGGCCCGCGAGGAGGACGUCUGAUGUACCUGAUGCCGACCUCGACAGGUGUGAGGGUGUAGUAGAUCUGAGCGACCCGGAGGUGUUCAACAGCAUGAAGCGCAAGCUGCGCGUGGUGUUGUCCAACCCGGACUUACACUGCGUUGAAUACAUGCCUAACCGUUGCACCAGCACGUCCCUGGUGGAGUGGGUCCGCGCAGCCGGUGCCAGUGCAGCGGGCGAGGCGGGCGCGGCGCACGCGGCCGAGCUGGCGCGCGCGCUGGCGGGCGGCGGCGGGGGCGCGGGGGCCGGCGCCUCCGCCCGCCUGGCCGCCGCGCUGCGGGCCGACCUGGCCGCGCGCAGGCCCUACGCGGCCUAUCUGGCUUCCUGUCGGGCCGCGCUCGCACACGCAGACCAUGCGCUCAUCAAACAGAUCAAGCAGAUCCGCGAGGAGUGGUCGUGGUGUUGCCGCGCGGCGGCGGCGGCGCGCGUGCUGGAGCAGCUGGAGCGGGGCUCCGCGCUGCGCCGCCUCGCCAGGAACCAUCACGCGCACGCCAAGCAACACAUGCACAACGGUGGGGAGUUGAUGGACGAGAAGGCAACGAAGUUAACCGCCAGCAUCAAAGCUAUUACCGCAGAAGUUAAGGCUGAUCCGUCUUGGGAAGGUGCAACCAGCACGUUGCUAGAGAGCGCGGAGAUGACGGUAGAGCGAGCGGCGUUCGCCAGACUGUACCUGCACGUGCUGUUCCCCAAUGGCGACGGAGACAUCGCGCGAGACCAAGUGCUGAGCGAGCACAUCCGGCGCGUGUCGGCCGUGACGUCAGCGCGCGGCGCGGGCGUGGCGCCGGCGCACCGCUGGGCCGCGCCCUACCCGCGCGCGCAGCGCCAUCUGCGCCAUCUGCCGGUGUACCGCACGCCCCGCGACAAGCUGUCGUGCAUAAUGCGAUGCGUGACGUCUAUAAUGGCGGUGCUGGGCCUGUCGGAGGGAGCGACGCCCUCCGCCGACGAUCUCACGCCCGUACUCGUCUACGUCAUACUCAAGGUGAACCCACCAUCGCUCCUCUCGACGAUCGAGCUGGUGAACGCUCUGGGCGGGUCGGCGCUGCAGGGCGAGGCGCUGUACUGGUGGACGCAGUUCUGCGCGGCCGUGGCCUACAUCAAGACCAUGGACUACCCGCGCCCCAACAACAACGACACCUAGCGCAUACAUACGCGCCUGAUUUCAGCGCGUGUCACGGAUAUAAAAUUGGAAAUCAUUCGCCGCGAGCGGUGCCACACUGUGUAACUUGUAUAAGCGAUGUAUCGAACACUACACAAAUUAUACCCAGUUAUAUUACAAUCAUGUGAUCAUGUAUGUGUAUUUAUCAUGUUUAUAUUUAUUCAUAAAUUAUGAUAGUCUUUCGAUAGCGAAUAUUACAACAAUAUGAGUAGUAGAAUGGAGAAGUAAUAAAACCACUUCAAAAUAUUAUAUCUUUAAGAUAUAAUGUUUAAUUUCUGAUUUUUCUAUUCUUAACUUGAACUCAGAAACGACGAUAUAUCAAACAUUAUGAGUUCUUAACGAACUUUUGUAAAAUAUAAAUGACAUUAAAAUGCAUUUAAAAUCAUUCAAAUCAUUGCAUUUUAGUUGAAUUGGUUUCCUUUCGUGUAUAUCUUUUGGCUAUUAUAAUAAGCUAACAUACAUGUAUAUAUAUUUAAAUUGUAUGUAACAUACACUUCACAUAUUAAGAUUAUGAUCAUAGAAUAACUAAAAACUAUUUUGUUUCUAAAUUUGUUCUAACAAUAAUAGGUCAAAUACGUUUCAUGAGCAACAUAUCUUUUUAAUUAGUUCAUAUUUGAAUUAUUUGAUCUAAUUAACUUAAACUUACUAAAAAACUUAAACGUACUAAGUAGGUUCAUGUUCGCACGUACUCGCUAUCAUGUGUUCGUGGCCUUAAGGCCAGUCCCUGUAGCUGCUUUGGCCAUAUAUCAUAAGGCCACUCCUAGAUUUAGGCCAAUGAAUUUAAAAUUCAUUGUUCUUGAUAAAACCAGUGUGUUAUUAUCUGUAAAAUUCAUUCGUCAUGUAGCAAAAGUAUAAUUACAAUUUAUUGUAAUCUAUUUUUAAUCUGUAUACAUUUGAUAUGGCAACAUUUUUAGGAGUGUGAUUGGCCUAAGUAAUCAUUUGAAAUGUUAACCGUGUACUGCUUGAAAUCGGAAUGGUUUGUAAGGUUAAGGCCUAGCAGAUGUGUAAUGCAGAUUUUGUAGGAUGUAUGAGGCCGAUAAUAAUCGAAUAAGUUAUUGAUAGUAUAUUGCAGGGGGCGGUGUUGUCUUGAAAACCGUGUCGUUGCUUAUAAUAUUUUAUUACAGAUGAUUUUUUUUAUUUAGAACUUGCGAGUGGUAACCGCUCGCUUAUUGUGUGUAUUUAUAUUUAAUUUCCAAGUACCUGUUAACGGUAGGCGUCCUACUGACCCUUGCGCACUGUUACCUAGUAGAGCCGACAUCUCGAUUGGACUGUGAUUUUAGAGUUGGAAUAAAAUACUCGAAAAUGUGUAUUUUUGAAAAUGAUGUAGGUAUCUGAUGGUGUGAUAAGUAAUAUAAAAAGAAUAUCGAAAAUAAGAGGCCGAUUUUAAUGAAAAUAAUUUAUUGGAACAUUUGAUAGGAUAGUGUGAGUAACUUAGUGUUAGGUUGAAAUGGUAACGAUAUUAAGAUUCAACGUAUGUAAGCUGAUACCAUAUUAUUAAACCCCGUUAUCUUGUAUCAAUUCUCAUUAUUAGGAGUAUAAGCUAAGUUUUGUUCGUUGUCUAAGCACCGGUUUACUUCGCACCCCGAUUUAAAAGACACUAUUUUUGAACUAACAUUAUGGAGUCUAAUUAUGGUAGAGUGUAAUCAAUAUAGUUGUUACGUGUAUCAGAGCCAUGCUUUACUGUCACGGGGGCCCUAUACAUUCUUAUAGCCGGCAGAAUGUAAUGCUCUUAUGCUAAACACAACAUAUAAAGUUUAUUUUUUGCUUUUAUAACCGAUAUUUCCUAAAUCUUUUUAUUGGUUCGAUGUUCAAAGAGAAAUAGACUGAAAUUUGACCUCUUUGCUCAUAUCACAAAUUAUAAUAACGUGUUAUUCUUUUCAUAUCUAUAUAUAUUUUUACAAACAAAACACGGUGUGAAUGAAUAGGGCCCGCGAUAAGCAAUUUACAAAUAAUACUCACUAAUUACGAAGAUAACAUAUGAAAAUAUUACAGCUUUUAGUAAUAUUGCAAAAUAUUGAACACAUUUCUUUGUUGGCCAAGCCAUUUUCGGUACACCCUAUGUAACUAUGUAUAUUUAGGGGCAUAUAUUUAAAGUUUUUUUUCUUAUCUUCGUAAAUAGUGAAACAAAAAUAUGUCACUCUUUCACUCCUAUGUAGGUAGUCAGGCAUAUAGCAUAUACUAACCAGCUAUGUCUAGUGUAAAACAUGUACCUAAUGUAAUCAGAGCAAUGAAAUUAUAUUUAGCAAUAACAUGACUAUUAUUUCAUAAUAUGUAAUAAGGUAUCCGCGGUCCGACUCUCCUGCAGCUGAGGUGCCUUUACAUACUCAAGAUCCGCCUAGUGGGCAGGGUGCUUGACCAAAUUACCUGAAUCAAACCAUGUGGUCUACGUAUUGGGCAGAAUAAUUCAAUUAAUGGAGUUAACCAACGCCCUCAGUACGCCCCCGCAGAAGCGACGGAGUUAUGUUAAGUAAAGAGUCACUAAUAUUAAAAUCACUCGUCUAUCCGCAACAUUUCAGCAUAAGCAACCUUUUUAUUUUGACAAAAAUAAAUGUUUAUUACCUGUAA